UUAUACUGCAUUACAGAUAAUGCUAUUUUUAGCUGAAAGGUAUAAUGUAAUAUCUAUUUAUAGCCAGGUCAUGAGCAUGCUCAGUGGACUAGUAAACAAAUGAACAUGUUUCUGACAUGUCUGAACAAAUCUAUACUGACUUGUCCAAUACAGUAUAUAUACCACUCCACUAUCGGUUUAUUUCAUACAACUUGCGAUAGUGCAAAAAGAGGUUGAGAUAACUCUUACAGGAAAAGAUUGUGAAAUAAUCUUCCAAGAUUUACCUACCUUCAUAUUUUAAUAAGAAUCUUACAUAAGAAAUGGCUUUACCAAAUGGACCAAUGGAGAUUGUUUUCUCCUUCGACACAACAGGCAGUAUGAGCUCGUGUUUAAACGAGGUACGUGGGAGAAUUGCAGACAUGGCUCAGAGGCUUCAAGCUGAUAUCCCCGGUAUUAAAAUGGCAAUCUUUGCACAUGGUGACUAUUGCGACAGGCACAAUUACAUCACGAAAUUUGUAGACUUCACUGAUGAUGUUACAGAACUUGUGGAUUUUGCCCAAAACGUCAGCUCAACCGGAGGUGGCGAUUCAGAUGAAUGCUAUGAACUUGUACUUCAUGAGGUUCGCACCAAACUGUCUUGGACACCAGGGUCACAGAGGGCACUUGUCAUGAUUGGCGACUGCAAUCCACAUGAGCCAAACUAUCCUGACAACAAAUUAAAGUUAGAUUGGAGAGUUGAAGCUGAUGAACUGGGGAAAAUUGGAGUCCGCAUUUACUCCGUACAAUGCCAUACGUAUAAUGCUGACAAAUUUUACUCAGAAAUUGCCCGCCGCACUGAUGGUCAACAUUUGAAACUGAGUGACUUUAAGAAUAUCUUUGAUUUUCUGAUGACCGUAUGUUACAAAGAAAGAGGGGAUGAUCUCUUUUUUAACUACGAGAAAGAAGUUAGGGCUCGUUCAUCAAACAUAAAUAAGGACUUGCAUAAAUUGUUUGGUGAUCUUAGAGACAAAACAGACGCAGCUUCUGAUGCCCCAUCUGAAAGUAGCGUAGAACCUGCAAAAAAGCUUGGAAAAGGAGGAAAACUUGUCAAAAUGGCAAAGAAAAUAAAUGCUAAAGGAGCUAAACCAGUUCUUAAAGCUGUGAAGAAGUCACCUGCCAGCAUUAAGAAGGCAAAAGUAGUACCUGCUCAUAAGAAAUACUUGGAAAAGUAUUUGCCAAAACUUCGAAGAGAAAACGUCUCAGAAAAUAACUUCCUUUUGAGAGAAAUGAAUUGGUCAAAAUGGCAACUUGUUGUUCAUCCAAUGCAGAAAGUUGUAACAGACUCAACGACACAAAUUGCAAGUGAUGUCAGCUGCAAGAGGAAAGGAUGCGGCCACGGUUACAGAGCCAAAACAAUUUUUGGCGGGAAAACAAAACUUCCGGCAAUCUAUGAAAUUGGAGUUCAAACAAAAACUCAUGCUAGAAAGUAUGUAACAUACAGUAAAAUGUGUAGGGGAUUUACAUCCAGUUCUAACUGGGAAAGCAAACUUUUUGGACGAAAAGACAUCCGCAAGCAAAUUGACAAUUUGGUAACAAAAGACUGUAGUGUAUAUGUACGUAGAAUGUUGUUAAAGGGAGACAAAUCAAAAAUGAAAGUGAGACAAGCUCUGAGAAGGUACGAUUAUGCUUGGAAAGGAAUGAAAUCUGUGAGAGAUGGACAUAGAAGUGUUUUUAAAGGAGCUGUUGAAAUCUCAUGCGAAAUGGACAUGUAAAAGAUAAAAAUAUGUAAAAUUAAGGACUGAGAUUAUGAAUGAACAAGGUGCAAUAGAGACUUGCCAUGUAAAUAUUCAUCUAUUUCAUUAAAUUAUUACGGGUGUUUUAUUACAAGUUAUGUACAUGAGUUCAUUAGAACAUGAAAUAGACAGCAUUUUUGUGCAUAAGAAAAUGUACAUUCUAAGCAAGUGACAUUGUCACAUUUAUACAUAACAUUAUAAAUUGUAUAUACUUUGUAAGAUGUAAUAGUUUGUUCAUUGUAAAUAUUUUGUUCUUUACUGCUAUCAAUAUUUUGUUUAUUUUAUAUUUCAUUCUCAUUUUUGUAUAUAAAAUUAUUGUGAAUAUUGUUAGUUGAGUAUGUUGUGAAAAAAUAAAAAGAUGAAAAUACAUAAUGCUUAUUUUUU